AUGGUUCUGGAGGAUUUUGAGAGCUCUUUUGAGCGGCAAUUGGAUCUGACUGAUCGGGAACGAGUUGGAGUGGUGAUUGGCAGUGCGGCAGUAUCGGACCGCUUUGUUGGUUUUCCAUAUAGUCUGGUGGCUAAAAUUGUAUCGCAGCAAGAAGUUCAUCGUGAUAAUUUUAUUAAGACUUUUACUAGCCUGUGGAAAGGAUCUGACGAGGUUUCGAUCAAGGAGAUAGCCCACAAUCGAUUUUGGGUUCGAUUUGUUUGUGAUCGGGACCGCCAAAGGGUUCUUGACAUGGAGCCUUGGACGUUUCGUAGGUCAUUGAUUUUAUUGGCUGCAGUGGCUGAGGAGGACUGUAUUCAUACGAUGGCGCUUACCCAUGGCACCUUCUGGCUCCAGAUACAUGGGGUCCCAGGUUUCUGUAUGACGGUGGCUGUUGCCAAUGCUAUUGGAUCGACGGUGGGUGAGGUACUACGGGUGGAUAAUAGGGAUGGGCAAGACUACUGCGUGAAGAAACAUGAGGCUCUAAGAGGCAAACUCAACCCUAAGGACCUUGCUAUUUUCACCUCUGCUUUUGAGGGUCUAGAAGGUGUCAUCAAUUUGUGGGGGAAACCGAUUGGGUCGUCGGCAAGGCGUCUUUCCUCUCAACAGCAUGGCUCGUCAUAUACGGAGAGAAAGAAUGGUGGGGAAGUGUCCGGUGGGCACUCUUGGCGUGCGUCUCGUCAUGACUCUGAGGAAGCCAUCGACACGGCCUCCUCUCCUUUUAAACUACGUCAACGGCGAGAGGCUUUCCCAUCCAGCCCGGGGAUAGCUCCCACGACUGGAGGUCGUUCAACAGAUGAUGAUGGGAUAUGGGGUAUCUCCCCUUCUGUUGCUGGCGUGAUAGAUAUCGGUUUGGUGCAGAAUGUCAACCUGGGUGUCAAGGGUACCCCUUCAGCAGUUGAUCAGCGGGGCACAGGUACGGUGGCCCAUGUGGCAGGCAUACCUUCUGUUUCAAUGGAUCCCUCUCGGACUGUACAAGCUUCUGCUGCCCCCGUUGGGGGAGACACGAAUGCGGUCAUUGCACAAACUAGUGACCCUUUUAACUUUAUGCCUAUAAUUGAGAAAACAGCACGUAAGGUUACGGGUCGCGGACGUGGGAGGCCAAGGCGGGUGACAGAGCCCAGCGGGUCUGGUAUACAAGGGGUCUCUACGCCUCAUCUAAAAAGAAAGCAUAUGGCAGAUCAUAUGGGGGUGGACGGUAGCGAGCAGGAAGUUAAUGGUGCUCUCGGAAAACGACGGCUAUGUGAUAAUAUGCCUAUUAUACAGGCGGAGGAGACCAGCCUUGAGGGGUCUCCCCGGUCUCAAUUACAGAUGGGGAAAUUACAUACUAGGUUAGGGCUUGGUGGGGUGGUUUGUGUUCCCCGUGUUGGUUUUUCAGGAGGUCUAUGUCUACUCUGGCGGGUAGGGCUCCAGGUUGAUUUACUCUCUUCCUCUCCUGGACAUAUAGAUGUUCGGGUUACUAUGAAUACUUCUGUGACUUUCCGUGUGACUGGUUUUUAUGGUCAUCCUGACCAAACCCAGCGCCAUCAUUCAUGGAAGCUACUGCGGCGCUUGGGUAGAGUGGAUCUUGGACCCUGGCUAUGCUGUGGGGAUUUCAAUGAAGUAAUGGAAUGCAAUGAAAAGAGUGGGAGCCGUUUGAGACGUGAUGCACAGAUGGAGGAUUUUAAAAUGGCCAUUACAGAUUGUUGUUUGUUUCAGUUUGAGUUUACAGGUUAUCCUUAUACAUGGAGCAAUAAACGGAAGGAUACAGCUCAUGUGGAGGCUUGCUUGGAUAGAGGGUUUGGAAAUUUGGCACUUCUGCAACAUUGGGGCAAUUUCACGUCCCAUCAUUUAGUUGCUUUCUCCUCUGACCACCAUCCGAUUCUCAUUGCAUCUGACAGGCCACAAGGUGACAAAGCUAGAGGUCCUAGAGGUCGUCGUCGGUUUCAUUUUGAGGAGGUAUGGACUACGGAAGUUGACUGUGAAGAGGUUGUUCGUCAAUCUUGGCAGAAUGCAGUGUCACCCCUUUCUAAUAUUGCCAACUGCGCCAGCAACUUGUCACGCUGGUGUGCCGAAAAGGGUGGCCAGGUCCCCAAGAAAGUUAAGGAGUUACGGCGUAGGUUGGCAAGUCUUCAAUCAGAUGAGCCGUCGACGCAGACUUUUCAUACUCGUAGUCUCAUUGAAACUGAACUUGAUAAGUGUCUUGAACAGGAAGAAAUUUAUUGGCACCAGAGAUCGCGGGUCCAGUGGCUUCAGCAUGGAGACCGUAACACCUCUUUUUUUCAUAAGCAAGCCACAAGUCGCAGGAAGAAAAAUGCCCUGGUAGGGAUACUAGAUGAAAAUGAUCGUUGGCAGAGUGAAUAUGAUAAAAUAGGUGGAGUUUUUGUGGAGUUUUUUACAAAUCUUUUUACAUCGGAUAUGGGCGUUGCUGAUGUGGAGGUUUUUAGUGCUGUCCAAGCGCGAGUGUCCUCACGUUCUUAUCACAAUCUGCUCCUCCCGUAUUCUAGGGAUGAGAUCGAAGUAGCUCUUAACUCUAUUGGCCCGUCAAAAGCUCCAGGUCCAGAUGUUUUAAAUGGUAGUGAUGGUGUUAACGAUUUCAACCAUACGUUGGUGGCUCUGAUUCCGAAAGUUAAUUCUCCCACCCGUGUUUCGGAAUAUCGUCCUAUCAGUUUAUGCAAUGUCCUCUACAAGAUUAUCUCCAAAACUCUUGCCAAUAGACUGAAGAAGGUGUUACCUGAGGUUAUUUCUGAAUUCCAGAGUGCAUUUAUUCCCAACCGUAUGAUUUUGGAUAAUGUCUUAGCAGCUUUUGAAACGGUCCAUUGUUUGAAGAGACGGGGAAAAACAGGCAAAAAGAAAUUAAUUUUGAAGCUUGAUAUGGCCAAGGCCUACGACAGAGUUGAAUGGAAAUUUUUGGAGCAGAUGUUGCGGACUAUGGGUUUCCCAAUCCGGUUUAUUCAAUUAAUUAUGGGUUGUGUGACUACUGUUUCUUAUUCGCUGUUAAUUCAGGGGCGGCCAUUUGGGCGUAUUAUCCCUUCUCGAGGCUUACGGCAAGGGGAUCCUAUAUCACCGUAUCUUUUCCUUAUUGUGGCUGAAGCCUUCUCGGCUCUCCUCCAGCAGGCUGAGAGGGAUUCUAGAUUACAUGGUGUCUCCAUUGCCCCUUCUGCUCCUUCUAUUAACCAUCUCUUUUUUGCUGACGACAGCCUUCUGUUUUGUAAUGCUGGGACAACUGAGGCGCUAGAGCUGAAACGUAUUUUUGGAGUGUAUGAGUCGGCUUCUGGACAAAAGGUCAACCUUGGCAAAUCCGCUCUUUGCUUUAGCCCUUCCACCCCAAGGGUGUUGCAGGACGACAUUCGUCAGCUGUUGAACGUGACUCUUGUCCCUUGUCAUGAGCGGUAUUUGGGCCUCCCUACUAUCGUCGGUAAGGAUAAGAAAAAAAUGUUCCGUAUGGUGAAGGAUCGAGUUUGGAAUAAAGUUAAUGGUUGGCAAGGCAAGCUUCUGUCUAAGGCCGGGAAAGAAGUGCUCAUCAAAUCAGUAUGUCAGGCAAUUCCUUCAUAUUCUAUGAGUGUGUUUCGAUUGCCUGUCGGGUUAUGUCGCGAGAUUGAGAGUAUCAUUGCCAAAUUCUGGUGGGCUAAAAAUGAUGGUAGAGGUAUUCACUGGAAAACAUGGAGAUUUAUGUGCCAACACAAGUCUGAUGGGGGGAUAGGUUUUAGGGAAUUGAUAAGUUUUAAUCAAGCUCUUCUGUGUAAACAAGGAUGGCGGCUGCUGGAAUUUCCUCACUCACUGAUUGCCCGGAUGUUUAAGGCUCGUUACUUUCCACAUUCUGAUUUUUUGGCAACUUCGAGUGGGUCCCUUCCAUCGUUUACUUGGCAGUCGAUACUAUGGGGGCGGGAUCUGCUCCGGCUGGGCCUAAGGUGGCGCAUUGGUGAUGGCCGGUUGGUUAAUAUCUAUGGCGACCCUUGGGUGCCUUAUGAUCGUUUUUUCACUAUCCAGUCGAUCCCUACUCUUCCAGUUACCUCCCGAGUUUGUGAUCUUUUUACCGCUAGUGGCGGGUGGGAUGUUGGGAAGGUUUUUGCUUCUUUCUCAUUUCCAGAAGCUGAAGCUAUUUUAUCUAUUCCCUUAAUGGGUGAUACUCUGGAUCGGAGAAUCUGGAACUUUACUAAAAAUGGAAGGUACUCGGUUAAGAGUGGGUACUGGGCUGCUCUGGAAUAUAAGAGGCUGGAGGAGCUGUCCGCAGGGGGCGUCGCUGGCCCUUCCUCUUCUUCCUUGAAGAGUUGGAAGCACUUGUGGAAGCUGAAAGUGCCACAAAAAAUCAUGCAUCUGUUAUGGCGUGUGGCUCAAGAUAUCCUCCCUUCCAAGGAGGUCUUAUUCCGGCGCCGGAUUACACAAGGGGAGGUCUGUUGUCGCUGUUUUGCUGCGAGAGAAACUACGUUACAUGCGUUGGUUGGAUGUGAUGUUUGUCUGCAGGUGUGGAAGGCUUUAGAUUUUCCCAGUGAUUUCCUUCUUCCUACUUUAGCUGACGUUGGAACCUGGAUGGAUGCAGUUUGGUCUAUUAUUCCCCCUGAUAAGCAGUCUCUCUUUGCAUUUACUGUGUGGGUGUUGUGGAAUGAACGUAAUGGGGUGCUGUUUGGCUCUCAACCCACCCCUUCCGGAAUUUUGGUACAACGAGCGAAGGACUAUGAUGCUGAAUUUAAACGAUAUUCUGCUGCCAAUCAUAGGAGUUUAUCCUCGCCGGUUCGUGAUAUUAAAUGGAGGCCUCCUACGGGUAAUUGUUUCAAGUUAAAUGUGGAUGGGGCUACUGACAUGGAGACGGGAGCUAGGGGAGCUGGUGCCAUCGUCCGUGACUCUCAUGGAAAACUGGUUGGGGCUCUAGCCAUGCGGGCGCCAAGUCGGAUCUCUGUACUAGCAACAGAGCUGUAUGCUCUUAAAAUUGGAAUCUCUUUUGCGUUGGAUAUGUCCCUAGUGCCUCUGGAGAUUGAGUCUGAUUCCUUGCAGGCAGUUUCUAUGGUCAACAGUGAGGAGGAAUGCCUUGCUGCUGAGGGAGGUCUGGUGGAUGGAGUGCGACGCCUUCUGGUCAGGUCUGCGUCUACUGCUGUUCGACAUAUUCCUCGCCAAGCGAACAAGGCUGCCCAUCGCAUUGCCCGAUUCAGUCUACGCGAUCAAAGUUUGUCGCUCUGGUUGGAUGUGGGUCCUUUGUGGCUUAUGGACGCUGUUUAUGAUGAUUGUCACGAGUCUACUGUCGUUUGA